GUCGGGUCUAUUUAUUGCUAAAUUGCAAGUACGAAUUCUAAGAAAAUAAAUAUUUUUUUUGUGGAUUGCAUUUGUGAUUUAUUUUGCUUACCUAUUGUUAAUCGAGAAAAAUGGUGUCUCGAAGUUUAACUGAGGUGUUUGUGUUGAUGCGUAACAAUGCAAUCCAUAGCCGGCAUAUAUUCUCUGAACAGAAUGACUCUGAACGAGUGAGGUUGAUGAGAGCAUCACACAAUGCUGAGGCCGCAAUGGAGAUGAGGUCUGAGUCAAACGCACCACCACCCUGGACAGAUGCAUUGGAAGAGGCACAUUACAUUAUAACAAGGUUACGAACAAAGCUGUCAGAGCUGCAGUCGCGACACGAGCGGCAGAUCCGGCGGCCGGCGCUGGACGACACGACGGAGCAGCAGCACAUUGCGCGCCUCACCGCCGAAAUCGGCCGCCACUUCACGCACGCCCAUACCCACCUCACCGCCAUCAAGGCGCAAGUACGACACGGUAACAAAACGGAGCAGAAGUUAGCUGCAAACGUAGUUCUAGCACUCGUAACGACUCUACAGGAUCUGAGCAUAACCUUCAGAACGGCACAGUCCAACUAUCUUAAAUCAUUGACGACCAGAGAAGAGAGAUCCAAUGCGUACUUCGAUCUACCAAACUUUGAAGAACUAAGUUUGAAUGACAAUGCAGAGUUGCUGCCUGGACUUUCAAAUAACCAGACGGAUCUGUUAUUUUCUUUACCGAGCACGUCGGGAACACAAAAGCAAGGUUAUAUAGAGGACGACCAGGUCGAUGAUAUGUUCCAGAAGCCAGCGUUAAGUCAGAAGCAAAUGUUGUUAAUGCAGGAAGAGAAUACGCGGAUGGUAGCCGAGAGGGAGGAAGAGGUGAAUAAGAUUGUUCGUUCUAUUAUGGACCUGAACGACAUCUUCAAAGACCUCGGACAGAUGGUGCACGAACAGGGGACGGUUCUGGACCGAAUAGACUAUAAUAUUGAACAGACUCAAGUACAGGUACACGAAGGCUUCAAGCAGUUACAAAAAGCUGAGAGAUACCAAAGGAAAAAUAGGAAAAUGCAUUGUAUACUGAUAUUGGCCGCCACAAUAAUUGUAUUAGUUAUAUUAUUGAUAAUAGUGAAGAGUUAGUUCCCAAUAUAGGUUAGUUAAAUGCCUUAUAUAUCGUAGUUAAAUAAAUUGACAAGUUACACAGCUCAGUACUACCGCCCUUGGUAGGGAGUGACGUAGCAUACUAGCUGUUUGUAAUUGAGGCCUCUCGGUCUGAAGAGGGCGUUGUUGUAGAUAUUAAUUAGUGGGAUGAAAAUUAAAUUGUAUCUGUACUGUGCCUGCGAUACUGGUAUAUGCUGGCGGGGUAUCAAUGAGGGAUUGUAGGUGAAGGUGAAGUCAAGUCAGUUUCCAGGAGGGAUUGCGUGGAUGGUGACCUGAUGAGCUGAAAGACCUAUUGCUAGCAAUAGACCCUAUUGCUAGAAAUAAACCCUAUUGCUAGCAUUACACCAUAUUGCUAGCAGUACACCCUAUUGCUAGCAAUACACACUAUUGCUGGCAAUACACACUAUUGCUAGCAAUACACACUUGCUAGCAAUACACCCUAUUGCUAGCAAUACACCCUAUUGCUAGCAAUACACCCUAUUGCUAGCAAUACACCCUAUUGCUAGCAAUACACACUAUUGCUAGCAAUACACCCUAUUGCUAACAAUAGGUCUUUCAGCCAUUAUUAGUGACAAUUCCCCUCCUUCCUCCUUAUUUAUAUUUUUUAAGUAUUUUUUUAAUGGACGAUAAUAGAACUAUAACCUUGCCUGCGCUAACGGGGCACCAGUGAGGGAUGUUAGAUUACAAUGAAAAAGGUAGGCCAGUUAGCCCAUCGUGAUGAAUACACUGCGAAUUCGGUACGAUAGUGUCCAGGGGACCGCGGGGAGGUCGACCUGGUUGGCUAUAUUGCUAGCAAUAGGUCCCUUAGUCCCCAUUACUAACAAUCCCUUCCCCUUAAUUGAGGCAUUGGAGAAUUUAAAUAGAAUUUAAUAUAACAAUAUUAGGUAUUGCUAGUGCUUUGUUUGCAUUCGUUGUAACACUAGUUUUUACCCGCGAAUUCGACUAGAAAUUUAUAACAACAAAGCGACGCAUAUAUUGCCGUUGAUGGCAAGAGACAAGACUGACAACUCGACGUGAGUCACACAAUAUUUUAUUUAGCUUCUUUUUUUUUUAUUUUAAAAUCUUUAUUGAAUAAUAAAUAACAUUUAAUUAGAUCUACUAUCCACCGAAACAGACCGAGCCUUUAUCUAAGUCAGUGUUUUUC